AUGGCAAAGAGCAGCAAGCAGAUGGUCCUGGGUGCGCUGGCUUCCCCAUACAGGCUAAAGGCCGCGCUGACGAGAACCGGUGGUGCUGGCUAUAUAGGAUCACACAUCGUCCUGUCAUGCCUGCUAACGGGCAAGUAUCGCGUCUGCACGAUCGACAACUUCCACAACUCCUACCCGGAAGCGAUGAAGCGAGUCACACAGAUCGCCCAGGACGCCUUACCCUCGGGCGCCAGCGCACAAGACAAGUCAGAGUGCGAGAUCAAGGUCUUCAAGGGCGAUAUUACCAACAAGUCAGAUAUCGAGAAGAUCUUCAAAGAAUACAAGGACGCCCAAGAUCCGAUUUGGGGCGUCAUCCACGUCGCCGCUCACAAGGCAGUGGGAGAGUCGGGCGAGAAGCCCAUUCAAUACUACGAAAACAAUAUCACCGCGACGAUCAAUUUGCUUGAUGUCAUGUCGCGUUACGAGGCCUAUCAUCUCGUCUACUCGUCGUCAGCAACAGUCUAUGGUGCACCAACGACGAUUCCCAUCCCCGAAUCGACGCCUUUGGCCCCAGAGUCUUGCUACGGUCGCACAAAGAUGAUGUCAGAGCUCAUUAUCAAGGAUCUUUGCGACUCGCAGCCCGACAAAUGGCGUGCGAUCGGUUUGCGCUACUUCAACCCGGCUGGCUGUCACCCUUCCGGUCUGAUUGGAGAAGAUCCGGUCGGCAAGCCAGGCAAUCUCUUGCCUCUUCUUGCGGCCAUUGCAGUCGGUCGAUUCCCCAACGACCUCAAGGUAUUCGGUCAGGAUUACCCAACGCCCGAUGGUACUUGCGUCCGUGAUUAUCUAUCUGUGACCACGCUAGGCGAUGGACACGUGCUUGCAUUGGCAGCAUUGGACAAGGAGGAAACGUUUGCGAAGAAAGCAGGCGCAUCCGGCUUUGGCGGCUCAGGAGGAAAGUACAAAGCCUACAACCUCGGCGGCGGCAAAGGCUCAAGCGUUCUUGAGAUCGUCGAAGCGAUGCGAAAGGCUUCGGGCUUCGAUUUCAAGACGACUGUUGAGGGUCGCCGUCUCGGAGAUGUACCUGAUCUCACAGCUGACCCUACCCUGGCUGAAAAGGAACUUGGCUUCAAGGCCAACAUCCCACUUGACGAAUGCUGCAGAAACCUCUGGAAUUGGAGCUCAAAGAACCCCAAUGGCUACCGUGCCGCAGCUUGA